AUGACGCGGUGGUUCGCGUGUGCAGCCAGAGACACCCUGAACACAGACUGGAACAAAUACGAUGACAGGUUAAUGAAGGCAGCUGAAAGGGGCGACGUGGAAAAGGUGUCAUCAAUCCUCGCCAAGAAAGGAGUCAGUCCCACUAAACUGGAUGUGGAAGGGAGAUCUGCAUUCCAUGUUGUAGCGUCGAAGGGAAACCUGGAUUGCUUGAACACCAUCCUUGUCCACGGGGCUGAUAUCACGGCCACCGAUGCUGCAGGUAGAAACGCGUUGCACCUAGCUGCAAAAUAUGGACACGCUUUGUGCUUGCAGAAGCUGUUGCAGUACAACUGUCCAACGGAGAAUGUGGAUCUUCAAGGAAGAACUGCUCUUCAUGAUGCAGCUAUGUCAGACUGUUCCUCUAGCAUACAACUGCUGUGUGAUCAUGGGGCAUCAGUGAAUUCUAAAGAUGGGGACGGGAGGACACCGCUAGUGCUGGCCACUCAGAUGUGUCGUCCCACGCUCUGUCAGCUUCUGAUAGACAGAGGAGCGGAUGUUAAUGCCAGGGACAAACAGAACAGGACUGCCCUCAUGUUGGGCUGCGAGUACGGCUGCAAGGACGCAGUAGAAGUUUUGCUCAGGAAUGGCGCGGAUGUUAGUUUGGCUGAUGGCCUCGGCCAUGACUGUGCUUACUAUGCCAGGAUUGGUGACAACAUUGACAUUCUGGCUUUGAUAAAAGCUGCCGUUGAGGAUUCCAGCAAAGCAAGAGACACCAUGAAGAAAGGGCAGCCUGAACAAAAGUGGAAUCGGCUGCACGCACAGGAGGAGGUGAAUGCCAAGCUGUAUCAGAAGGAGCACAGCGCUCAGGAAUUGGAAUUAGAAAAUCAAGAUUUGAAGGAUCGGAUGAGGGAAGUGCAAGAGGAGCAGAGGAUGCUGCUGGGCAGAAUCAGCGGGCUGCAGCUGCAGUUGAAUGAGGAGCAGAUGUUCUCAGAUGAUCUUGAAAAUGAGAAAGAUGAGUUGAAGAAAAUCCUAACUACCAAGGAAAAACAGCAGGAGGAAAGCCUAAGAACUAUUGAAGCUCUCAAAGCCAAACUCAAAUAUUAUGAAGUGGACUUUGUGGGAUCUGGAAGUAACCUUGGUAGCAGAAAAGAAGAUUUAUUACUUAAACAAGGCCAAGUGUUUGCUGUGGAAUCGCAGGUAUUAUAUCCAUUUUGUGCCCGUCACCUUCAGUCCAGGUCAAUGCUGAGACCCCUGGAGCUCUCCCUGCCCAACCAAUCCUCCGGCUCGGAGAAGGAGACUUUAAAGAAGGAACUGGACAAUGUGAGGACCUGCUAUGGUGCAGCGAAAGAGGAAAUCAGCAGGUUGCAGAGAGAGCUGUCUCACAAGGCGUCUGAGUGCAAAGCUUUGGCGUCGGAGUGCGAAAGAACCAAGGCAGAGUCUGACGGACAGAUCAAACAACUGGAAGAUGCUUUAAAGGACGUACAGAAGAGAAUGUUCGACUCCGAAGGCAAAGUGAAGCAGAUGCAGACCCACUUUCUUGCUCUGAAAGAGCACCUGACUAAUGAAGUCGCCUCGGGAAGCAGUAAACUGACGGAGGAGCUGAAGGAUCAGUUGAAAGAAAUGAAGACAAAGUAUGAAGGAGCCUCUGCUGAAGUGGGCAAGCUGAGGAACCAGAUUAAGCAGAACGAGUUGCUGGUGGCAGAGUUUAAGAGGGAUGAAGGAAGGCUGGUGGAGGAAAACAAAAGGUUGCAGAAGGACCUGGUUAAGUUGGAGAUGGAGCGAGAUAAAAGGGGCAGAAGCGUGGUGGAGCUGGAAGGGCAGCUCAAGGAAACGGCGGCCAAGUUAGCCCACUCGGUAACGUCGGAGAAAUUCGAAAACAUGAAGAGUUUGUUAUCAAACGAGGUGAACGAGAAAGCAAGGAAGCUGGCAGAAAUGGAGGGAGAGCACAAAAAACUACAGGCAGAGAUUUUGCUUUUGAAGAGGGAGUCCGAGGGUCAGAAAGCUCAGCUCGCUCAGCACGUCAAGCCGGAAGAACACGAGCAAAUGAGGAGUGGGUUUGAGCAGAAGAACGAGGAGCUGGGGAGGGCGAUUUCUGAGUUAUCGGAGGAGAAUCAGGCUCUGCAGAAGGAACUUGAAAGAUUGCAGGCCGAUAACAAGAUGCUGAAGCAGCAAAACCAACUGCUAAAAACUGAAAUUAAAAGCCAGAACGUGCCUUUAAAAAUCCACGAGGAACUGAAGAAAACAAAUGACCUGACUGUUGGCGACCUGACCAAAAAGCUUUUUGAAAUAACGAAGAAGCACAAUGAAAGCAAAGCCGCAGCCGAAAAGCUGCUGGCAGAGAAGAACAAUUUAAGUGAGAAGAUCAGCCACUUGCAAGCUGUGUACCUGUCUCCAGAGCAGCACAAAAAAGAGGUGGAAGCUUUAAAAUCUAAUGGCAUUGAACUUGAAAAGCGGCUUGCGGAGCUGCGGAAAAAAUGCGACGAUGAGCAAGCAAAGGUGUGCGAGCUCGUCUCUGAAAACAUGGUAAUGAGAGAUGCUCUGAGGGAUCAGUAUGUGCCGGCUGCAACACACGAAGAGAUUAAAACAGUCUUGAAUAGCGCGCUGGAAAAAGCUAACAGGGAGCUGUCAGAUCUGAAAGAGAAAACAGAAGAGAUAAAGCGAGAAUCCACGAGGAUAAAUGAAGAAAACGGAACUUUGAAGGAUAAAGUGAAACUUUUAGAGAAUCAAUUACAAACUGAGUACAUGAGUCUGAAAGCUCAUGAAACUACGGUGGCUCAUUUGAACCAAAGCAUGCAGGAGCUUCAGGAGAGCAACGUUGCAAUUGUGGCUGAGUACAGGAGGGGUCAAGAAGAAAUUCUACAGCUGCACGCGGAAAUCGAAGCCCAAAAGAAGGAGCUUGACACAAUCCAAGAAUGCAUUAAGUCAAAAUAUGCCCCAGUUGCCUCCUUUGAAGACAGAGAGCAAAGCUUUGAAGCCACAGUGAAGGAACUAAAGGCGCAGUUGCAGGAACAGAUGCAGAAGUGCAGGGAAAGCGAGGAGGAAAACGAGAAGUGCAAGCAGGAGAAUGAACAGCUCAGGAGUGGCCUUUUGUCCAUCCAGAGUGACUUGCAGCAGAACUACGUCCUUGCUGAGAAAUCCCGGGAGAUGGAGAAAAUGUUCGCUGGCAGAAUGCGGGAGUUGAAUGAGCAGCUGAGAGAGGUGCUGCGGAAAUACGCGGGCGAAAAGGAAGAGCAAGGUGAGCUGCAGGGUGAGCAUCCCGAAAGCGCGCAGGCUCAGCACCUCUCAGCGGAGCAGAUUGAAGCCCUGAAGGGGGCUCUUGGCCGCACUCUGGAGGAUCUGAAGGAAGCCCUGCGAAAUCAGGAGGAAAGUUACAGCAGAGAGACACUGAAAGUGGGAGAACUGCAGCGGGAGCUGUCGGAGCUGAGGGAAUCCUCAGUGCCUUUGGUAGAACAUGCGCAGAUGAAGGAGGCGCUGGAACGAGAAAUUGCAGCCGUCACAACCAGCUUGAAGGAAAAGGAAGAGGAAAACCAAGUGAAAAGCGAGGAGAUCUCGCGGUUGCGGUCUGAGAUUCGGAUCGCCCAGCAAGCUUUCACGGAGCUGGAGAGCAAAGAAGUGAUCGGCCUCGCAGAAUACGAGGCCAUGAGAAGUGCUCUGGAGGCCCAGAUUAACAGCAUAGCUGCGGAUCUGUCCACCGUGAAGAGGAAGUACGAGGAAGCGUGCGAGGAGGCUUUGCAAGCUAAGAAGAGCGAGCUUUCCUUAAAGGAUGAAAAGGAGCUGCUUCAGUUACGGAGCUGCAGCAUUGAGCAGGAAAUCAAAGACCAGAAAGAGCGGUGUGAGAAAUCGCUGACGACGAUUAUUGAGCUGCAGAAGAGAAUCCAGGAGUCUGCAAAGCAGGUGGAGGCCAAGGAUAACAAGAUAACAGAGCUGCUUAACGACGUGGAGCGGUUGAAGCAAGCCCUGAACGGUUUGUCUCAGCUGACGUACACCACUGGGGCUCCCUCCAAGAGGCAGAACCUGCAGGUGGAGACGCUGCAGAACCAAGUGAAGAUGCUGCAGCAGCAGCUGGCGGAUGCUAAAAGGCAGCAUCAAGAGGUAGUUUCAGUUUAUCGGACACACCUUCUUAGUGCUGUGCAGGGCCACAUGGAUGAAGAUGUCCAGGCUGCUCUACUGCAGAUCAUUCGAAUGAGACAGGGACUUGUUUGCUGACGUGCUUGGUGCCGUUGCUGUUGAAGGCUGCUGCUUGUAGGAGUGCUGUGAUUGCAGUAGUGAGAACCUCCAUGGGGUUUAUAU